GCCACAUAACAUAAGAGAACCUUCCGACAAAACCAAUCGCCAUGGCCGAGCCGACCAGCGCCUCCGCCGGCUCCUCCUCCUCCUCCGUCGCCUCCGCCGUCGACCCCGACAGCGGCUACUGCUCCGCCACCCGGACCUUCCACAGCCUCCGCCCUCCCGUCCCCCUCCCCCCCUCCCUCCCCCUCUCCGUCGCCCACUACGCCGCCUCCCUCCUCCCCGCCUCCGCCUCCGCCUCCGCCUCCGGCACCGCCUUCCUCGUCCACGCCUCCUCCGGCCACCGCCUCACCUACCCGGACUUCUUCCGCCGCGUCCGCUCCCUCGCCCUCUCCCUCCGGUCCCGCCUCUCCCUGUCCAAGGGCGACGUCGCGUUCCUCCUCGCCCCUCCCUCCUCCCACGUCCCCGUUAUCUACUUCGCCCUCCUCUCCAUCGGCGUCGUCGUCUGCCCCGCCAACCCGCUCGGCUCCCCCUCCGAGAUCGCCCACCAGGUCCGCCUCUCCCGCCCCGCCGUCGCCUUCUCCACCUCCCAGUUCGCUCCCAAGCUCCCCGCGUUCCCGCGCGGCACCGUCCUCGUCGACUCCCCGGAGUUCGACUCCAUGCUGACCCGGCACGCCUCGGGGGCGGCCGAGGCGUUGCCGCCGAGCCGGGUCGAGCAGUCCGACCCGGCGGCCAUCCUGUUCUCGUCGGGCACGACGGGCAAGGUCAAAGGAGUGCUGCUGAGCCACCGCAACCUGAUCGCGCUGCUCGCGGGGCUCUACCACCUGCGGGAGGAGCAGGACGAGUCGGAGCAGCAGCCGCACCCCGUGUCCCUCUUCACGCUGCCCCUGUUCCACGUGUUCGGGUUCUUCAUGCUGGUCCGGGCGUUCGCGUUCGGGGAGACGGCGGUCCUGAUGGAGAGGUUCGACUUCGUGGGGAUGCUGAGCGCGAUCGAGAAGUACCGGGUGACGUACAUGCCGGUGUCCCCGCCGCUGAUCGUGGCGUUCGUGAAGUCGGAGAUCGCGGGGAAGUACGACCUGAGCUCGCUCCAGGUGCUCGGGUGCGGCGGCGCCCCGCUCGGGAAGGAGGUCGCCGACCGGUUCAAGGAGAAGUUCCCGCACGUGGAGAUCGUCCAGGGAUAUGGCCUGACAGAGACUUGUGGAGGGGCAACUAGGACAUUGGGGCCCGAUGAGGCAAGCCACCAUGGUUCUGUCGGUCGCAUUGCUGAAAAUAUGGAAGCAAAGAUAGUUGAUCCUACCACUGGGGAUCCCCUGCCUCCUGGUCAGAGAGGAGAGCUAUGGCUACGAGGCCCAACUAUCAUGAAAGGUUAUGUAGGGGAUGACAAGGCAACUGCCGAGACAAUUGACUCGGAUGGUUGGUUGAGGACUGGUGACCUUUGUUAUAUUGACUCCAAGGGGUUCUUGUUCAUUGUGGACAGACUGAAGGAGUUGAUUAAAUACAAGGGAUAUCAGGUUCCUCCUGCUGAGUUGGAACAUCUUCACUCCAAACCUGAUAUUGCGGAUGCUGCUGUGAUUCCUUAUCCUGAUGAAGAAGCAGGACAGAUUCCCAUGGCUUUUGUGGUUAGAAAACCUGGAAGCAACAUUACUGAAUCUCAGGUUAUGGACUUCAUUGCUAAACAGGUUGCUCCAUACAAGAAGAUACGGCGAGUAGCUUUCAUCAGUAGCAUCCCAAAAUCUCCAGCAGGGAAGAUCUUGAGGAGAGAACUUGUCAAUCUGGCCAUGUCUGUCAGAUCAGCUAAACUCUAGACAGUAUGCUCAGAAGAGGAAAUGAGGCUUCUUGACGUGUUGUGUUUUUGAGGCAUCUAUCUAAAUCUGGGAGGCCAUCAAGGCAUCACCAGCGAGUAGUAAUCCAUUUUAAUUUGUUCAAACAAAAGCUAAUCAAAAAGAGCUCUUCCUUGAAGUGAAAGAGGACUAAACUGACACCAUUUCAAAAGCCUCGUUUCUGUUGUCUGGGUUUUCUUUAGCAACCCAUGUUGUAACGUUAGGAAUCCCCCUUCGUAGAACUGCAACAGAAGCAUUUCCUGUAUUCAUUCUUUGUGACUAAAUGUCAGUAAGAAUUACAACGGCCUACUUCAUACGUGA